AUGAGCGACGUCUCGUCUUCCCGCAGCGGCGACCUCGACCUCGGCGCGGCAAACGCGGACUCGGACUGUGCAGAGGCCGGGACCAUCCUCUUUGCGUCCUCCUGCAACUCGACGGAAUUGGCAACUCCGAAGCUGGAGCUCCGGCCGGAGAUCACGGCGGUGGAUCAGGCAGCACGCCCGGAGCCCGCCCGCGUGGACGGCGGGGCGGCGGCGGCGGCGGCCACUUGCGCGCUGAAGGUCGCGGCCGCGGAGGGCGCGCGGGAGGUCGCGGCCCGGAAGGAGACCUUUUUUUUUCCGGUGGCUGUGGCUCUGUCCGCCGCCCGGCUGGAAGAAUCGACCAUCCUCGGGGAGCUGCGCAUGGUCCCGUGGAUCGCCCAGAAUUGCUUGGUGUUCUCGGUGGCGGGCAGAGCGGCCGCCGCCUGCAUCGCCGCGAGGCUCGCGGCCAUGGGGGUUUUGCUGGGCCUGUCCGGAGCCGGCCUCUCCUUCUCGCUCGGGGCCGCCGCCCCGCGGCGGCCGGCCCGCGCCUGCCCCGGCCCGCGGGCGGGCGCCGGGCAGCCGGUCCCCGGGAGGGCCGCCGGGAGCUUGGAGACCGGCGCCUCGGGGGGCGGCGCCCGCGCCGCCGCCACGCUGGUGACCGCGGUGGGCCUCGCCUGCUCGCCGGGGCGCCGGCGGCGCGCCGCCCGCGCGCGGUGGCCAGAGCGGUGCUCCCGGAGCACGCGGAGUUUCUGGACGGGGUCCUCGAGGCCGCCGGCCCCAGCCUCGAGCAGCUGGCGCCCCUCCUGCGCCAGUGGGCGGAGGACGUCGCCCGGGCCGCCCCGGCGGCGCCGCCGCUGGUGCCCGCCGCGUGGGCCGCCGACGUGGCGGUGGCGCCCCAGGAGGUCUCCGACGCGGUGGCGGCCGCGGCCAGCGCCGUGCAGGCGCUCCCGGAGGGGGUCAAGCUGGAGGAGGGCGUUGAGUACAUCAGGGAUUUGGCCGGGAAUGUGCUCCUCGACCCGAUGAACAACCAGCCCCUCAAGGAUGAUUGGUGGAAUUCUUUCAUCGGAGUCCAGGCUGAUGCAAUCAGGGGAAUCGAUGGCCAGCUGAGGCAGGCAGGGGUUCCACAGGCCUUCGGCUGGAGUAUCAUAGCGUACACGCUCCUGAUCAAGCUCCUUUUCUUUCCGCUGCAGCAGGGUCAGCUGAAGUCGACUGCCAUGAUGCAAAUGCUGGCACCAAAGGUGAAGGAGAUCCAGACCAAGUACGAGAACGACCCCGACCGGCAGACCCGGCUCCUCACCCAGCUGUAUGCGAGCAUGGACGUGAAUCCUCUCGGCGGUUGCCUGCCCGUGCUGCUCACGCUGCCCCUGUACUGGGCCCUCUUCUCCGUGUGGCGCCGCCUCGCAGUGGAGAAGUUCCCGUACUACACGGAGG